CGAAGAUCAUGUGGUGUAAUGUGGUGCUAUAGGAAGUUUCGGUCAGUGUAGUUCUUGUCUGAAAUCGCCAUCGGUAGUUCAUCACGAGUCGCGAUGAAGAUUCUAGAUCGAGAACUGAGGCUGAGCAGUACAAGAGCUGCUUCUUCCGCCCAUGUCGGUUUCUUCACGUCCCGCUAUAUUCCUCUACUUUUGCCCGUUAAUACGAAUAGUAGAAGAAGAUCACAUUAUGAUUAUAUAUAGUACUACAAGAAAGCAACUGAACCUGAAGAGUCCACGGCUUACCGACUCUUUUAUCUACUCAGUAGAAAAAGAAAUACAGCUGCUGGUGCUAUGCAAUAGCUGAACUCCUUAGGGGACCAUCUUAGCAGCUGUUGUACCGCAGAUUCAGUCACGUAUUUCCCGGCUCUUCUCUCAAGCUUAGCAGUCCUUAUGCGUACUUAUACAUCGAUCUGUCCUCUGUCAUUCUCAUCCUGUUGUACCAACUCUGUAACCCAAACAAUUCCGUUCUGCCUCCCGUUUCCUCCAAAAACCCUUAGUCCAUCACAAUGAUGGAUCGUUUUAUUGAUCCUUAUUUUUUGAAUUUGGAAUACGAUUGCGAAUAAGUAAUAUCUGAAUUAUUUUACAAAAAGAUGACGGAGAUGUGGGAGGGGAGCCUGCGGACAUCAGGGAGUGCUCCCAGCUUGCUGCGAUCAGAGAAAGGAUUCCGAGUGGGUGCAACACAUGCGCCUUUGCCAGCGUACUUAGUUUUUUUUGGACUAGAAUGAACUUCAUCUACAGAAUGUAGAUAUAAUCUAGAAGACCAAUAGAUACGUACUUUCUUCAAGACAUGACUUCAGUUAUAUUAAUGACUUUAAUCCCGUCCUCGAAUUGUAUGCUUCCGGUACUAUUUGGUAACACGAAUUUGAUCAUAAGGGAAAACAAGAAGACAACCCUUGUGAUCAAAUUCUGGUUACCAAAUACCGGAACCAUUCACGAAUGUCCAUGUCAAACUGAAACAUCCUCGCGCUCUACUCUCAUCAUACACAUCGUACAACACUUCUUUUAUGAUUGAUCCAUCUCCUGCUCCAGAUAUUCAGCACUCAGUGACGACUCAUUGUGGCAUUUCUGGGCGAAUCCGGCUUUGCAAUCGCACCACAUGCGUUCCGGUUUUCUGAGUAGAGAUGGGGAACUAGUGGAUGUGGACAGGUUUAGAAGAAAGAUGCAUGUGGUCGAGAAAGAGCUAUUCCUAGCAGGAGAAUUGGAUAGAAGAAGGGUGAAAGAUGCGGAAGGUAGUUUUUCUUUUCCUGUUUGAAGACUUUUUUUAACUUAGCUCUGAGUGAGUUCUCUCAAGAUGCAAUGUCUUUCGUUUUUUGUUAGGAAGAUCGUUCCUUGAAUUCUAAGGCUCUCGAAAUUUUUGACUUGAGAACAGUGGCUCCUCCCGGCUGGGGCAGCGACUGUGGAUUAGUAGAGUAGUCAUUCUCAAACCAACAUAGACUUAGACAUAGACAUACACUUUAAACUUAAAGGAUGCAUUUCCUCUUCGAUAUAUUGAACCUCGAGCAAAGGAGAUGGUUGUAAAGGAGUACCAAAUUUUUUUUUUUCAGUGCUAAUCCGACAGAAGAAGAAAAUGCGCGAAGCCGAUAGGUGCCAGAAGAUUCGAGACCGAGAGGUCCGAGCUUACAUCCAGUCCAUUAGGGAUAAAAGGGCAGCCUUGCAUCAAACACAACCGACGGGGAUUCUGUAAGUAGUUUUGCGAGUCGUGGGAGAUGAAUAUUGAAUAUUGAGGUUCUGGUUCUAUCACGUAGUACUGUUGGUAGUACUGCUGUAUUCAGGAACCUAGACUUGGUAGUACUGCUGUUUUCAGGAACCGAAGACCAUACGCAAACGUAUAACCAAAAUUAAAAGCGACCUACAUUUACAUUGUCGUCCCUAUCAUGUGCAUGUGCAAGUGCAUGCUACAUCUGGAUUGUUGUUGAAUGAUCAUGUCGACGUAUUUGAAUUCUUCUAGUAGUUUCCAGGAGAAACUUCCGAUUAAUCUCGAAAUAGGAUCAAAUAAGUAGCACCAAAAUUAAACACGGCGCAAGUAAAGCGUGACUGCACUUCUCCGAGCUGAUUUAUCUUGAAUCCAAUCGCAUUCGCAAUCAAAAGUAUCUAUAAAAACUCUCAAGAACAACACGUGAACCAAAAGUAAACCAUUAGCAAAUCUAUGACACAAACAAGUGAACUGAUAAGCAACCAAGUCAAGGUAUUGCAUGAACAAGUGACUAAUAUGAUCUAUGACGUAUUGAUUGUUGAACUCGAACUAAGCAAAUCGCCAUUUAGCAAGAAGAAGUAGAACUAGAAAUAUCGGGGAAAAUUAACUGCCUUCGCGCUUGACACUAUGAACCUGUACUAAAGAGUUUGGCCUAAAAAUGUUUAUAGACAUGUGGUAAUAAGACGUCAAGAAACAGAAAAUCAUGCGGAAGAAGCAACAAUCUACCACUUCUAACAAGAGCUGCAGUCAAC